UCGCCCUUCUCUUCCUGCUUUCCGAACGGCAGAUCUCGCCCCUCCUUUAUAUAAUUCUCACGACCCGUUGGGAGUCAGCAGCAGCCAAGACGGCUGUCAGCAUUCCAACGCCAAGCAGAGUCCUGGAUCAUUCAUCUUAUUGACGUAGACUGUGCGUCGUCUCUCGUCCACUCCUGAGCUUGGCAGAUAUUCAACCCUGCAGUAAUGGGUCAGUCGCAUUCCAAGGGCAAUUCUGGCCCUGGCGACUCUUUGCAGUCUUACCCAUCCUUUUCUCGCUCCGACACCAAGGAAUCUCUUCGAUCCCUUCGGGGCUCGAUUCGGUCCAAGAUCCGUAGCACCGAUAGCCCUCGCGCGUCCACUUCGGCGUUGUCCACGGGAAGCCAGACGGAUAGGUCUGAUGCUGGGUCUAUUAAGUCGACUGGGAGUAGAAGGAGUUCCACUAACCUGGGCGCUCAAUCUCCUGGUGCCAAUGACUCCACUACUCAACUCGAUGCUCCGGAUCCGCCCCCGUCUCCUUCACUGUCAAGCAGCUUAAAACGAGGCCACCAGGAUGUGGAUGCCAUGCAGCAAAGUGGCGAGGUCGACCAUGUGUCUGAUGCGCCUCCCACUGGUGCUGCACCCACUGGAUCUUCCCAGAAAGCCGGAGAAUCCAUCCUGAUCAAGCGGCAAGAUCAGCUGAACCCAAUCCUAGACUUUAUCAUGAACACACCUCUCAAUGAGCCAUCCUCCUCCCCCGGAAUGGGAAUGGGUGCUCUAAAAUCUAUCGACCUGGAUGACAUGAUCACACGUCUACUUGAUGCUGGAUACUCGACGAAGGUCACUAAGACUGUCUGUCUGAAAAAUGCGGAAAUUACAGCCAUCUGUUCAGCAGCGCGGGAGCUAUUCCUCAGUCAGCCGGCACUUUUAGAGCUGUCAGCUCCUGUCAAGAUCGUGGGGGACGUUCACGGUCAAUACACCGACCUGAUCAGAUUAUUCGAAAUGUGCGGCUUUCCUCCGUCUUCGAAUUACCUCUUCUUAGGUGACUAUGUAGAUCGGGGUAAACAAAGCUUGGAGACAAUCCUGCUUCUGCUGUGCUAUAAGCUCAAAUAUCCCGAGAACUUCUUCCUUUUACGGGGCAAUCACGAAUGUGCCAACGUCACCCGUGUGUACGGUUUCUAUGAUGAAUGUAAACGGCGUUGCAACAUCAAGAUUUGGAAGACUUUCAUUGAUACGUUCAACUGCCUACCAAUCGCUGCUAUCGUAGCGGGCAAGAUCUUCUGCGUCCAUGGGGGACUUUCACCCAGUCUCUCACACAUGGAUGAUAUCCGGGGGAUCGCACGUCCGACUGACGUUCCAGACUACGGGUUGCUUAACGACCUUCUUUGGAGUGAUCCUGCGGAUAUGGAGGAGGAUUGGGAGCCUAAUGAGCGAGGUGUGAGUUACUGCUUCGGUAAAAAGGUGAUCAUGAAUUUCUUGCAACGACACGACUUCGACCUGGUUUGCCGAGCCCACAUGGUGGUCGAGGACGGUUAUGAGUUCUACCAGGAUCGCGUUUUAGUCACAGUCUUCUCGGCCCCGAACUAUUGUGGAGAGUUUGAUAACUGGGGAGCCAUCAUGUCAGUCUCCAGCGAACUCCUCUGCAGUUUUGAGCUGUUGAAACCGUUGGAUUCCACGGCACUUAAGAACCACAUCAAGAAGGGACGGAAUAAGCGCAAUAGCGUGCUCAACAGUCCUCCUGCAAUUGUAUCUGCACAAAGUUAUUAGGCGUCCUGGUGAUUCCUUGCCAAGAAGUCGACAUCCACCAUAUGUCACCACUGGAGCGAUUUGGGCCUGGGCUCAGUUGACGUCAAGCUCGCCAUUUCAGUCUCAGCGUAGUCCUU